AUGGGGAAGAAGGCAAACUCAGACAGCCUCUCCAGUCAGACACACCCCAGCCUAUCAGAUGGCGAGGAGCAGCUGGAGCGGCUGCAGCAGGCGGAACUUACACGCACCAAGCCCAUGUCUCUGUGGAAGGCGGCCACUGUGCAGGCCUGGCUGGAGGUUGUCAUGGCAAUGCCCAUGUACAUGCGUGCCUGCUCAGAGAAUGUCAAGAGUGGGAAGGUGUUGCUGGGGUUGUCCGAUGAGGAUCUGGAGCUGGGGUUGGGCAUUAACAGCCCCAUGCACCGCAGGAAACUCCGCCUUGCUGUUGAGGACUACCGUGAGGCAGAGAACGGACGAGGGCUUUCCAAAGCUGCUGAUAUGGACCAUCACUGGGUGUCUAAGAGUUGGCUGAGUGAUGUUGGGCUUCCUCAGUACUCACAAGUCUUCCACAACCAAUUAGUGGAUGGCAGAGUACUGAACUCACUCACACGGAGGGACUUGGAGACGAUCUUCAACAUUACCAACAAGUUCCAUGUAACUAGUAUUCUAUCAGCCAUUCAGCUUCUACAAAUGCUCAACUUUGAUAAAGAGUCUAUACAGGCACGUCGUGCUCAGUGUGAGAAUCGGGAUGUGGAUCCGGUGGUCUGGACCAGUCACCGUGUCAUUAAAUGGAUCAGAGAUAUUGAUCUUAAGGAAUAUGCAGAAAACCUUCAAAACAGUGGCAUCCAUGGUGCUGUAAUGGUUCUAGACCCAACCUUCAGUGCAGACAGCAUGGCAAAGGCCUUAGACAUCCCUAACAAUAAACAUAUGAUCCACCGGCAUCUUUAUGAAGAAAUGAAGGUGCUACUCAAUCCAGCAAGAAAUAAUCAGACCCAGGACUACAGGAAAGAGGGAACUCCAACACAUUCUCCUGUCUCAAAUUGCCGCAAAACUGAGGAAGGAUUUUCCCCCAGGCAAAAAGUUGGCAAGAGUCCUUUGAGAUUCAAUCCAUUGGUCACUGCUGGGCGGGACUUGACAUUUCAAGGAAGCUGUGGAUCACCACCCAGAGAGGAUCGAAUCAAGAUCCUGCAAAGGACCAAGGGCAGUCCCAUGCACGGUUACUCAAGCAUAGAGAUCACUAAUGUGUGAGGGCAACAGCCUAUGUUUACCUUGGAUGAACUAAGAGGAGUGAACUCCAGACCUCCUCCCAACUCUAAAUGGACCAAAUGAGGUUAAUCAUUCUUAAAAGUGAUUUGAAAAUUGACCGUUUGCACUUUAGAGAAUUUGUAUUGGCAACAAAUAAUAACUAAGCACUUAAUGGAAAAUCUAUUAGAUAUGCUGCAUUAAACAAGCAGAUAUUUUGUUACUACUUAUACAAAUGAAUAAAAUACAUUCCUGUAACUACAGCGCAGAGGAUGCAGUCAGGACUGUAGGUAUGCAGCUGAAAUCAAUGUAACAUGUUCAAAUGUCCAUUCCCUGUUCAUCAAAACAGUGUGCUUGUUUAAAGUGGACCGCUGGAAUGAGGAAUACUAUAGUAGUGUGAAUAUUUGUGAAAACAUUUUGAAUGCCUCAGCAAAGUCUUCUCUUUGUUUUAAAGGAAAAGUUCACCCAAAAAUGAUAAUUCUCUCAUCAUUUACUCACACUUACACGGUUUCAAACUCGUUUGACUUUCUUUCUUCUGUAGAACACAAAUAAAGAUAUUUUGUUGAGAUAUGAGGUUUUUUGUCCAUACAAUGCAAGUCAGUGGGGUCCAUGCAACAUGAGUGGUUUAAUACAUGCCUUCUAAAGCCAUUGGUUUUGUUUAAGAAAAAAACCAAAAUGUAACUUCUUUUUCACUACUCUGUGCAUGUUAAAUUGUGGCAAGGAGACUGCAGAAGUCAAGAUGUAUAGUGAAAAAGGAGUUACAUUUUGGUCUGUUUUUCAACCCAAAUGUGAUCAUAUUACUUCAGAAGACAUGGAUUAAACCACUUGAGUUGUAUGGAUUACCUUAAUGCUGCUUUUGUGUCCAUUUUGGACCCCCAUUGACUUGCAUCGUCUGGAUAUGUUUACAUCAUACCUACAUCACAAUAUCUUUGUUUGUGUUCCACAGACGCAAGAAACUCAUACGAGUUUGAGAUGGCAUAAGGUUGAGUAAAUGAGAGAAUUAUCCUCUGUUCACAUCUGCUAAAAUGUUUGUUUUCAGAGUCUCAUUUUCAUAUAACAUUUAAAAGCCACAGUCACUUUACUGAUGAUGUAGUGUGAGUAAUAGAUUAGUCUCAUUACGAUCACUCCAGUUUUAUUGAAAUUAGUUUUCCCACUUGAGACACACUUUACGGGAAGGAAUGAAAAAUAACGUUUUUUCAUUAUCUCUUAUUUCCUUUUUGUGGUUUUUAAGGUCUCUAGCUGUCUUAUCAUGCAUGCAGUUUAAUUUGUUAAAUGCAAUAUAUAUAUAUAUAUAUAUAUAUAUAUAUAUAUAUAUAUAUAUAUAUAUAUAUAUAUAUACACACACAC